AAAUCAAUGAACCCGCCUGAGCGACGGCCAGGACGCGGACCGGUCGACCGAAGCUCGGAUUAUUUACAGAGGGGUUUCAUUAACAAAAAAAAAAAAAAAAAAAACAGGACAGCUGACAACACGGACAUGUACACAGCAAGUAUGGACAAAAACGUGUUUUUGUCUCCUUUAGCUGACUAGAGAGGACGUUUUUUUGUGUGUGUGUUUUUUUUCUUUCCUCCAGCCAAUAAUCAACCCACAAGUGGAGUUUGAUGCAUUUUUUGCUAACUUCACGUUAAAAGUAACUCCUCGUUCAGACUGAGAAUGAUUUUUGCAAACACCGGAAACCCACUAAGGACUCCGUAUCGCAAACAGCCUUUCGUUGCCCAGUUGUCCCACCCGAUGGCUCCGCCCAGCCCAAGCACCAACAACAGCAGCAGCAGCAGCUCCGGAGGCUGGGAACCCCUCAGCAAAACAAACCUCUACAUCCGAGGCCUGACCCCCUCAACCACAGACCACGACCUAGUCAAGCUCUGUCAGCCGUACGGAAAAAUAGUAUCAACAAAAGCCAUCCUAGACAAAACUACAAACAAGUGCAAAGGAUAUGGCUUUGUGGACUUUGACUGCCCUGCUGCAGCCCAGAAGGCCGUGGCCGCCCUGAAGACCUCUGGCGUCCAGGCUCAGAUGGCCAAGCAACAGGAACAGGACCCGACAAACCUAUACAUCUCCAACUUGCCUUUGUCUAUUGACGAGCAGGAGCUGGAAAAUAUGUUGAAGCAUUUUGGCCAAGUAAUAUCCACGCGCAUUUUAAGGGACCCCAGCGGAGUCAGCAGAGGAGUGGGCUUUGCAAGGAUGGAGUCAACUGAAAAAUGUGAAGCAGUAAUUUCUCACUUUAAUGGGAAGUUCAUCAAAACGCCUGCAGGCGUUCCCGGGCCAUCUGAACCACUGCUGUGCAAGUUUGCUGACGGAGGACAGAAAAAGAGACAAAGUCAUCAUAAAUUUGGCCAGAAUGGUCGGGCCUGGGGAAGGGACAUGGACUCCAGAUUGGCUGGAAUGACGCUGACAUAUGACCCCAGCACAGCUGCUAUGCAAAAUGGAUUUUUUCCAGCUCCAUACAGUAUUUCUAGCAGGAUGAUAGCUCAAACGUCCAUGUCUCCUUACAUGUCUCCAGUUUCAACAUAUCAGGUGCAGAACCCUUCCUGGAUGUCCCAUCAACCCUAUAUCAUGCAGCACCCGGGUGCAGUGAUAUCGCCAUCUAUAGACCCGUCUGUGUCACUGCAGCCCACUUCAAUGAUGGCCCCUAUCACGCAGCAGAUGAGCCACUUGACUCUGGGUGGUUCAGGAACGUUCAUGGCCGCCAACACAGCUAUGCAAGGAGCAUACAUCCCGCAGUACGCACACAUGCCGACAGCAGCCGUCCCGGCUGAGGAAAAUGGCGUCCCGACUCAAGCCGACUCGUCUGGCACCCAUUCCCCUUAUUCCUACCAGCACACCAAGUAGUGGAUCGGUAACGUUUGGACAACAGCAAAAACAACCAUAUCUAUAAAUCCAGUGGACGCUAAAGAACUUUAACUGUUUUUCACAUGUUUAAUUAAAUCGCUGUUUUUUCUGGUCUGAUUUCAGAGCUUAUCUGAGAUCCUCAAAUGAUUCAUAUUCUAUUGAAAACAACAGAGUUUUAUUUUCAUACAAGAAAAUGUAUUUUUUUUUUCUACUGGGGUUUUCCCACAGGAUCCAAAAGAAUCAUGUGACUGCUUGUGCGAAGUCCAGGGUUGUAGAUAUCUGUAUGGUUUUUCUUUUUUUUUUUUUCUUUUUUUUUUUCACCAUUUUUCCCUGUUUUUCUGCCAGACAUUUGGAAAAUGUUUUGUGCUUGCUGCGUGAGUGUUGCUACGCUGAAGUGUUCAGUGUUGUUUUCUCUUUAAAAAGGACUUCUCAUUGAAUUUGCCGACAUAGCUUUGGCGCUGCUGCCAAGAGGGGAAAGGAGCAGUAAACGUGGAGAGAUCAACGGCACAAAAAACGUUUUAAUAAUGUCAAGAUAAAAGAAAUGUGCUCGUAGCACGUAGGCCCAGCGGGAAAGUAGAAAGAUGUCUGAACGAAUGCCUUGAAUCAACUGACUACAUGUAAUUAUUCUAUUGAACUUAAUAUUUAUUUUUUUAGCUGAAGGACUCACAGUUGUAGGGAUGUGGAAAUUCUCCUGAUAAAUCACAUUUUGCCACCUUUUUUUAAAAAAGAAAUCAUGGUAUUUUAGGGUAGCUUAAAUUAAACUUGGCAGGGGAAGGAAUUUGGACCGAAUUCAAUUGUUUUUGUUUUUUUUGUUUUCAGGUGAUAAUUGUUCAUUUGAUGGGGUAUGUAUGGUUUUAUUUUGUUUCUUUUGCUGAAAAAAAAAAACACGAGGAGGAAAACACGGGACAUGUGAUUGUGAAACAACGAAAGCCUUAUGAAAAACCACUAAACAUCAGUUGGCUGGGUAUUAAAUCUGAUUUGUAACGCCUCGCUCUUUAUUAGAAAACAAACUUGGCACUUUUAAGUUUAGUUUUCUUCAAUCGAAGACUGUACGAUUUGUCUCUUUAACCGAGGUUUGAAGGCCUCAACAAACUAGAUUACAGUUUGAACACAGUGCCUUUCUUUACACCUCGUUUUCUUCGACGUUAGAUCUUAGACCGUUCUGAGCGCACAAAAGCAUGAGCUAGUGUGCCACAUAACUUUGACUGCAGAAAUAAACAGAAAAAAAAUGUUUAACAGAAAAAGAAAAUGUGCUUUAAAAUCAAAUGCAGUGGAUUUAAGCGAGAUUUCUGCUUAAAGUUUCGUCCUCGAAGCCUGUGGUCUGAGCUGGUCACCAGCCGGACCAGUUAUCUACCUCAGAGUUUGCUUUCUCCUCUGUAUCCGGUCGGGUUAGCAGGUCCUGCCCGUCCUUCCAGACCAAACACCACACUCAGGAGCUGGAUGCAGACAGGUUUUUACUUUUUCCUCAGUUAUUUUUCUAUGAUGGUGCAUAGUUAGCAUCAAAUUAGCUGCAACAUAUUUUCAGAGCCCCCCCCCCCCUUAUUUAAAGAGUCCAGGGCUGGAUUUAGGGCAGCCUCCACAGUCAUUGCUGCAGAGGCUUCAAAAUGUGACGAAACACUUUUUUUUUUUUGUAAAACAGCCUAAUUUCUCUUAGCCAUCCGUCACAAUGAGAAAGACAAAUUCAAGUAAGGUAGAUUUCUGUUAACUUUCAUAAAUGUAGAAAUGAACAGUAGAAUUUAAAACAACUGAAACUAUGAAACACAAGGGUCAGGGCACUCUAAAAGCUCACUGGUCGGGAACUGCAGCAGAGUGACAUCUGGGUUCACCACGUCUCCAAAACAAGUUACUUAAAGGCUUUUGUAAGUUUCUCUAUGAUGACCGCCUAUAACUCUGUGGGGGCCUAGAAAUCCUUUUUAGACGCACAGAAACAACAAAACAUUUUGGUGGUUAAAAAAAAAUCAACUUUUAGUGGUUGCUUAAUAUAAAAGAUUAUUUUCCCCUGUAAUUUGCUGAGAUCUGAAAUAAGUGUCAAGGGCCAACUAUGGUUAUACUUGAGAUUUCUAUGUAAUGCAUGAGACUGACAAGUAAUUCCAGUCUCAGUGAGGUUUAUGCUGCUAGUGGUGUCUGAACCAAGUGCCAUAAUCUGGGUCAAGGGCUAAAGAGGUGCUUAAGUGGAAAAAAAAAGCUCAUAUUGGUGACCACCAUAUUGAACGUUCAUUAAGUUAUAUGAAAUGGUUCUAACUUAUGAAGAGUUUUGUACAGACAGAUUGGGAAAAUAUGAGAUUUUCAUAGAGCUGUAUAAAGGUUGCUUUUUUUAUUUGUGCCACUAUAACCAAAGGUAACAUAUAUGUACAGUUCCAUGAAUUUCUUUUCUGUUUUUUGUUUUAUGAAGUUUGUUUAUGGCUAAAAUUUCUUCCCCCACCCCCACUAGAUUGUUGCCCAUGGUUUAUUCUGUUAAUGUUUUUGACUUCUUUUUUGUAAUAAAACGAAUUUGCUUUUAA